AUGCAUUCGCACCAAAAUCGGUUUGAGAAAGCAUUUAAAAAGCUCCAAGAAGAAGUACAGCACAAAACCACCAGGACUAUCAACGAAAGAUCCCGAAAUACAAAACUUGGAGAUGCAGAUUUUAAUAAUCCCAAACCAAAACCACCUUCAAGCACAUCGAAAAAGAAAGCAAGAAAAUUCAAAUCCACUCUAGGAAAAAUUGUUACAAAACAAGAAAUUUCUCCACCUGAAACCGAAAAUUUUGCUCCAACAAAUCCAAGAUUAUUCAAACAAACAAUUAGAGCCUCACAAGCAGGGCCAUUAUCAGCAAGACCAAAAGAAGUCGGUCCUGUUGUUGCUUGGGACGAACCAAUUGAAAGACAAGACAUUCAGCAAAUUGAGAAAAAUUUACAAAUCAUGACAGAAAAAUGUCAUAAAUUUGUUGUUCCUCCAAAGAUCCAAGUGAAAAGUGAGAUACCAGACAAGCUUCCAUUAGACUUCUUCGAUUGCUUCAACGGAUUAUCUAGUGAUGAACAGCGUGUAAUGAAUGGCGAAAAGAAUAUAAUGGCUAAAACAAAAAUAAUUGAGUUUGGAAAAGAAAAUUGGCAUAAAUGCAAAGUAUUGAAGUACAAAAAAGAUUCACAUACAUUCGUUGUACAAAUACCAGACUUAAAGAGUAUAUUUAAUCCACAAAGACCAUUAGUGAAAGAAGUUUCCAGGUUUAAUAUCAGAUUUAAUGAUGAAAACAAAGAAAAAAUUGUUGAAAGAUUGAAAUUGGCAGAAAAAAUCAGAAAUGAGUUUGAAAACAAAACAAGAACAGAUGAGUUCUUAGAUACAUUGGAUGAUGAUAAUUAUUUAUCAUUUAUAAGACCAGAAUUUAGAAAGAAAAUGCCUCAAGAUGCUUUGCAAGUUGCAGAAAGAGUCCAAAAAAUGUUUGCUGUUAGAGGUGAUAUUCAGAAAGGAGAAAUCGAUUAUGCUGUUGAUGUACUCAAUAGUGUAGGUGCUGAUAUUAAUAUUUACACACCAAAGGAAAUAAAGAAAUCUUUGGUUUUCCAGACAGAUUUCAAAGAAAGUUUAGAAAAUUUAAUUAAUUUGCCAAUUACAAUAAAUCUUGAUAUCUUCUUGAAAUUAACGCAAAAGAUUAAUGUAAUAGUACUUGAUGAAAAGGAUUUGAUUUCAAAUAAACUUAAGCAUUUCAUUGAAGGUAAAAAACUCUUGAUAAAAGAUUGGAUUCCUUUGAUAAAUGACUUCAAAAAUUGGUUGUCAAAUGAUUUGAAAGAAUUUUCUGAUGGUAUUGCAAAAUUGAUUAUUUCUAGUUUGAAUGGAAUAAUAGAUGAUAAUAAAAAUGCGGAGGUAAUUAGUGAUUCAAUUAUCCAUCCUUAUUAUCAAUUUUUGACUCCACAAGACAGCACUUUUCACCGAUUUAUCAAAAAGGUUCAAUUAAUGGUUAGAGAAUUAAUUUUAGAUAUUUUGGACUACAAUCAAACAAUAUUUGAACAAAUUUUGGAUUAUAAUUGGAAGCCAUUAGAACCUUCUCAUAUAAGUUUAGAUGAUUUCACAACUUUAUCUUCCUCUAUUUCUGACAAAAAUAUUUCGAUUGUCAAACCAAUGUUUAUCAUUGAUCUUGGAAACGAAGAGAAUGAAAUGAUUGAUAUUUUGAAGCAAUUAUAUGGAAUGAUAACAACAAUUUUACCAGAUACAAUCAAUCCUUCUUCAAUUAUAUUUGAAAGAACAAUUCCAAUUGAUUUAGACAACAAAAAAGAAUCCGCUUUCCAAAUUUUCAUGAGAAGAAACAAAAAAGAAGAACUAAUUCCUUCAACAAGAGUCAUAAAUACAAAUAUUACUAAUGAUUAUUUAAUUGGCUACAAAGAAACAAUCUAUAAAAUGAUUGAUUUUCACAUUAAACAUGUGAAUGAAGCAUUUCCAAUUAUGCAAGAAGAAACUUCAAAUAUAUUUGAUCAUUUUGAAACAGAUUACAUCCCAAAGAUUGAUGAUACUUAUAAGUAUAUAUCUAAAUUGAUGCCAGAAAAAGAUUUCUUUUAUCAGCAUUUCCCAGCUUUCAUUAAUUUAGGUUUGUUUGAACUGAAUUUCGAAGAUUUCAGAAACACAAUUGUUGAUUGUGUUGAAAAGAAGAGAAAUACAACUUUAGAAAUUGUAUCUAAAGAUUUAGACGAGAAAAUUGCCCAACUCAAUAAGAAGUAUGACAAUAUAAUUAAAUCAUUUAAGAAGGAAAUCACAACUCCUGAACAAUGGUCAACGAAAAAACAGAUAUUAGAAGAAUUACCAAAAACAAGGAAAGAACUUGAAAAAGAAGCAGAUUAUAUCAUGAAAUUAUAUAACUUAUUAUAUGACUUAUAUUAUGGACUAGAUGCUCAAACAGUUUCUAACAUUUUGAACAUAGAAUUCUGGCCUCUUUUGAUUGAUAUUGAGUUAGGUCAAGCAAUUACUCAAAUUAACACAAUUGGAAGGGAAUACGUAGAGAACAUUCCUUCUUUAAUUGAACAGAUAAAGAGUGAGCAAACUAAGACAAAAGAAGAUUUGAGAAAAGAAACAAAUUCUCAUUUUAGAGAUCAAAAAAUUAAAUACUUGAAAAUUUUGGAUCAAAAAAUGGCAAAAAUUCAAGAAAUUCAGGGCCAACUUCAAACCAAGAAAGAAGAAUUCACAGAAGAAGAAACAAGAGUUAAACUCUGGAAGAUUAUCACAAUGUACCAAGAAAUGUUGAAGAAAUGGUAUGACAUUAAAAUCAAAGAUUUGGAUGUGAAUUCAAUCAAAAAUGACAUAAAUAGUUGGUUGUUGACUUUACGCAAACUAACUAAAGAGUUUGCAAAAGAUCAGAACUCUUUGAAAGCAUUAAUAUCUGUGAAGAAUGAUUUAGAGAAUAUACUGCCUAUAUUUAAGAUGAUUGCACAGAUCCUUUCGGAUAAAAUUAAACCACAUAACAGAGUAGUUUUAGAAGGAAUAAUUGGAAGAAAAGAUUUCGAAAAUUUGACAAUCAAUAAAUUUAAUGAAAUGAAUAUCAACGAGAAAAUUCCUCAAAUCAAUGAUUUAUACAACAAAUCAAAGAAUGAAGAUAAAGCAGAACUCGAACUAAUUGAUGUAAGAGAUACAAUGAAUGGAAUGAAAAUAGAAAUCGAUGAAAAUAAUUAUAUUUCAAAUGCUGACCAAAUGAUAAAUGAUUUGAAAUAUAACCAAGCAGUUUUGAAGAACAUCAUUUAUGGAGUUCAAUUAACGGGAGUUAAAAAUGAUAUUGCAAUCCAACUCCAUCGAAAAAUUGUAAGAAUGCUUCAUGUCGUUGAUAAUUUUGUUUCUUUACAAGAACAUUUAUUGUUACUAAGUCCCCUAAGUUUACCUGAUGUUGAUCAACAGAUCAAGAGUGCAAUGUACUCUGAAUUAAAACUGUUAAAUCAACUCAAAUCUGAUUGGAUGUCAUUCAUCCUUGAAAUCAGAAAUGAUCCAUUACUUUUGGAUUUCAUUGAAAAUAAUGAAUUUGUUAUGGGAUUAAAGACAACAGAAUCAAGCGCAAUCCAACUGAGAACUAAAUUCAUUGAAGUUAUUAUAUCAUUUAGAUCAAUUUCUCCGAGAAUGUCAUUGAUUCCUGAUAUCAAAAUCAUUGAAACGUUUAGUGAUGACAUCAAAACAAAAAUUUCUGUUCUUUCUAUUGUUUUUCAAGGAAUUGAAGAGUGGAUUUAUGAAGAUAAAAUCAUUAAAGGAAUCAUUCUUGAUACUGAGGAAUCAAUAGAAUUUACUAAUGCAAUCAAUAUCUCUGGUCCUUUAAUUACACAAGUUCCAAUAAUUGAAAACGAAAUCAUUAAUACAAUGAAAAGUUUGUUCUUCAAUUUCUUAGAUGACAGAUCAAAAUUUUCCAAGUUACCAUUACAAUUAAAGAUCCUAGCAAUCUUUGUUGAUAAUAAUAUUGAUUUAGAUAUUAAUACAAUACCUGACAAGCAAAGAACAAUAUUAAAUUCAUAUAAAGAAACUCUGAAAUCAGUGAAAAAUCCAAUUAAAGCUGAAAUUGACAGAAACAAUCAAAUUGUUUCACUUAAAACUGAAAAAGGAGCAAUUAAUUAUGCAUUUCAGAUAUCAUCAGUUAAAACAGCAAUGUUUUCUCCAUUCCUUCAUGAUAUCUUUUGCGAUAUUAUUGAAAAACUGAUGACAGCAAAACCAAUUUUAAUUCAUUCUCAACUAGGAUCAAUUUUCAUUUUGUGCGUGAAGAUGUUUUGUUAUUUUUCAGGACGCUCUUUGCUUUUAAUCCAUUCAACACCAUCGAUGCCUAUCUUUAGAAUACAACAACUAAUAGAUAUUCUCAAACAAAUCAAUGUUUUUGUUUGUGUCGAUGAAAUUCAGAUUCUCAAACAAAGUCAAUUAUUAGAUCUUUCAAUAAUCAACAGAGGAAAACAGUUCUUUUGCACGGCAACGAGUGUAUACAUCUCUGACUUGAUACAAUCGAUGUGCUACAGCAUACUUUUGGAUAAAGAUAACUACAACAAACACUUGGAAUUCAUUGGAAUGAAGAUGUUUGAGAACCAACAAAAUGAUGUCAAAUUCACUGUGAAUAAUUUGACAAAAUACAUUCAUCCUUAUUUGCUUCAGCAAUAUUUUGAUUAUUCAUUUGAUAACUCAAGGAAAACUCUUAAGUUUGACUUCCUUUCGAACUUCAAACAAGUCGUUCCUCCUGAUGUAAUUUCAUUGAUAAAAUUCGAAGAAAUGAUGAUGAAAACUCCAAAGAAAACUUUAAAUGUCGGAAAAAACAUGCUCCAAACAAAACUUUUCAAGUAUAAUUUUGACAAGAUUACAGAACUUAUCAAUACAAAACAACAUGUUUUCUUGAUGAGUGGACCUCCUUUUUCAGGAACAUCAACAGUUAUUGAAGCUGCUUCUCUUUCUUUGGGAAUGAAUUAUCAUUAUCUCGCUUUUACAAGUGAAGAAUGGGUCAGUAUUUUAACAACUGUUUUAGUGCAAUCAAAUGAGAAAGAUUGUGUUUAUCAUUUAUUAGUUCCUUUCGCAAAUCCUUUCAUGUAUCAUUCUAUAUCAAUAAAUGAGAAUUCGAUGGUUUGCGAAGGAAAUAAUUCAUUGAUGUCAAUUGGAUCAAACACAGUUAUUAUUUUUGAAUUGAUGAAUCCAGUUGUCAAUGCUUCACCUAUUUCUAUUCCAAUUGUAUCAUUUACACAACCAUUAGUUUCUUUCUCUGAUCUAUUGAACUUCUGGAUCAUUAACGAUAACAUUCAAUUGGAUGAAGAAAUGCAGAAUAUUGUAAGAACUGUUUGCACGAAAUUGAUAAAGAAUUCGUUGCAACUACAAUCUUUCUUUAAGAUAUUUACUUGUUUUGGAAACACUUUUAGACCUGACAGCCAAAAUUAUUUGUUUUUGAUCAUUGCUUUUGCAAUUUUCUGGUCAAGAUCAAAUUAUUACGAAAACAUUAAUGAAAUGAGACAAUAUUCGAAAGAAAUCAAAAACGAGUUAGAAAUAGAUCAUUUCAUCAAGAAAGAUAUAAUUGAUUAUUCUUAUAGAUUAACAUUUAAACCUUUAGAAGUUUAUGAGAUAAAUAAAUCUCAUGAUUUAGCAAUAAACGAUGAGACUCUCUUAGACAAGUACUCUGCAACACAUUGCGGACCAAUUGAAUUCACAAACAUUCCUUGUAUGCAAUUUAUUCAAAGUGUCAAAAAUUUGACGAUCAUGUUGCAAUCGAAAAUUUCUUGUUUCUUAUUGGGACCUCCAGGAUCAGGAAAGACAACAAUCAUUAACUAUAUCUGUGAUACAGUUUUCAUUGAACCAAACUUCUUCAAUAUAAGAAUCAAUGGAAAUUCUGUUGAUAUAGAAUGGUUUUUGAAUCUUUUGGAUUCGAUUUCAACAGUUUCAGUUGAAAAUGUCAUGGAACCAACAAACAAAUUACCAACUGUUAUUGUUUUCGAUCCUAUUCCUAACACAGACACAGAAUUGUAUGGUUUCCUUUUGUCAAUUAUCAAAUGCGGCUCCAUAAUUUAUCAUAAUUCCAUCACGAAACUGAAGAAUUACAUUUUCCUUUUGACAGGAGAAACUUGUGAACAUCAAAUCGAAGACGCUGUUUUCAUGUUCAAGAUUCCAGAAUAUCAGAAUGAUGAUUACAAGUUAAUUGCUCACGAGAUCAUCACAAGAGCUAUUUUAAGUAGACAUGAUCCACAAUCAAACAAAUUUAUUCAAAAAUCAAUUCAAAACUUUGAUUCUGUUUUUGACGAAUUUAAAGAUUUGAUAAAAACAAGUGGAAAUCUUCAUUUGCUUUGUAUGCUUGCUAGAAAAGUUAUUAACUAUAAAGACCCAACAACAAAUGGAUACAAUGAUUAUUUGUUUUAUAAUUUGAACAAAUUGAUUCCUGAUUUUAAGAAGAAUGAUUUCGACGAUCCAAAGUUUAUGAUAACUACUUCGAAUGAAAUAGACUAUUUCGUACAGAAUACUGAAGACCAGAAGUUUAUGCAACUAAUACAAACGAAAUUACAUGAUAAUUUUGAUGAAAUCAAAUUAGAUGAUUAUGGAAAAUUGUUUUUAGCUUUCAUAAUGAACUGCUUCACAACAUCUUACUCACAUCCAUUGAUUGUUGAUGACCAAGGCUGUGAUUAUGAGUACAUAAUCGAUAUUUGUGGUCAAUUACUUAAUGCAAAAAUUCAGAGAUUUACAAAUAUCGACAAAAUCUGGCAACUUGUUCUAAAUGCAAUAACAGCAAGUGAACAUUAUGUUCUAGUUAUGAGAUCUCCAAUUGAUGAUCUCAUGGAAUUGCUUUACGAUAAAUUAAAAACAUCAAUGAUUGAAAUCAUCAUAAAAGCAACAAAUGAAAGAUCUUUGAAUGAUUUGAUCACUGCUUCUUUGUUUACUGUUUGUAAAUUCCCUUAUGCAAACUUAGUUUCACAAGAAUCAAUGAAAAUGGAAGCUCAAGAAGAAGAAAUUAAAUUAGAUUCUCCGAAAAGAAUCAAAAUUUCUCCACAAAAAACUAGUGGAAGACUGAGAUUGUCAUUGAGCUCAAGAAUGAGCGAAAUAUGGUCUUCUGCAACACUAUCAAAACAGAACUUGACAAUAAGAGGAAAUGCUUUUAGAUAUGUUGCAAUGCACAUGUUUAGAAAAUUACAUUUUGUCACUUUUAUUUCAGAAAGAAAUCAAAUUGAUCAAAAGAAAUUGAACGCGUUCAAUAUAUGGGAUAGAUCUCAUAUUGUUCCAAAUACAGAUAUACAACUAUUGAAGCAAAUCUUCCUAUUCAUGAAGACAUCAAAAACAAAGUAUUUUGUUCCGAUUUUCACUCAGUUUCACAGGAUUUUGCAAAAAUACAAAUUCCUUGAGAAAUCAGUGAACGAAUUCAUUGCAACAAAAAGACAAUUUACCACAAAGGUUUUGUCUGUUAUUCAUUCAAUUGAAACAGCUAUUAAGGACACAGAACUUUCCAUUUUAUCAAUUACUUCCCAAAUCGAAAUUGACUCCAAUUAUUUGCAAAAUCACAUCGAAGCAAUUGAAUUUAGAGAACAAUUUCUACAAAGUUUGGAGAACGAAAAAGGAAGAUUAGAGAAAGAACUUGAAGAACUUAAACAAAGAGAGAAGUUGUAUGACAAAUACAAGAAAAAUGAUUCUGCUGUUACUUUAGCUAAUUACAAUCAAAUAACUAAAAUUGCUGCAAAAGCAUUUACUCCUGAUGAACAAUACAAACUUUACAUCCAACAGAAUCCUCCUGAACCAAUCCGACAUUUGUUCAAUGUCUUCUGUGCUUUGCAUGAAUUCACUCCAAGAAGUGAUGGAGAUUAUUGGCCAGAAGCAAGAGGUUUCUUGAGAGUUGGAAGAUUCAACAAAGUUCUUUUAGUUUUCGAUCCGAAUUCAAUCAGAAAAGAAGUUGCUCUCCAUCUUGAUGUGAAAAUGAAAGAUCCUUUAUUAGUUGAUGAGAAGUUCCCCAAAGAUUCAUGUUGUUUGUAUUUGUUACAUUGGUUACAAGCAGUUUUAACUCACACGAAAUCAACAAAGUUUGAGCAAACCGUUCAAAUACAAAUGGAUGAACACACAAAAACAAUAGAAAGGAGAGAAGAAGGAUACAAAAAGAUUUUGCAAAGAAUAAAAGAAGCGAAAGAUGACUUGGAAUUGCAUCAAAAAGGAAAAGAAGAAGUAACCAUCAAAUUGCAAGAAGAACAAAGUGCUUUAGUAAAGAGAAAGGAGUUCCUUGAGAAAGCUAAAGCAGCCGCAAGUAUUUUCCCUGAUGUAAAAGAAGAUUUAAGUCGUUUCGUUAAUGGAGAAAAAACUUAUGGAAAGAAUUUGACAAAUUUCUUAGUGAAAUCUGUUGUUGAAAUCUCAACUUUGCCGAUGAUUUCUGGACCAAUUAGACAACAAUUUAUGCAGAAUGUCAAUCAAAUAUUUAAUGAUAAUCUUGCUGAUUCAACAUUCUUUAUCUCACUUAAAGAUGUCAUGGGAACUGAUGAUCCAUUAAUUUUGUCUUUGAUUUCUGGAGAUAGAUUAAUUUGUUGUUAUGAUCCUCAUGGGACAGAAUUUUCUUAUGUUGGAGGAGACACAAAACAUCCUUCUCCUGCUUUACAAAGAAGAUUCAACUUUACUUAUACAACACCUGAUAAAUUGUCUUUCUAUGAAGACAUAAGAGUUGCCGCAGAAAUUGGAAAUGUUUUGGUAAUUUCGCAUGCAAAUCAAGAAGCUAUUGACAGUCAAUUUUUAACUUCAAUUUCCUCAAAAAGUGGAAAACAUUGCACCUUAAAAGACAGAGAAGUAUCAAUUGAUUCUAACUUCAGAGUGAUUUUCUUUGUUGACAAACCACUCAAGUAUAUUCCUACAGGAGUAACAUUUAUCCAUUGCAAUUAUAUCCCACUUGAAAAGAUUGAAUCUACAAUUUCUAAAAAUGAAAGUUCAAUUCAAAAUCUCGAAAAAUUAACUAAAACAGAACAAAUUGCCCAUGGACAGAAAUUGGGUUUGUACAACUCUAUACAGAGUUUAGAAAAGGAUCUUCAUAGAUUACAUUCUGCUGAUAGCACUGUUCUUGAAGAUGUCCAAGUUCAAUCCAUUGUUGUUUUCAACACUGAAAAGAGAUUACUCGAAAUCAAAAAAGUUUAUGAAAGGAACAUAAUUGAGAACAAAGCAAUCAGAGAAACAGCACAGAAGAUACAAGAAUUUAUUACAGAUAUACAAAACUAUUAUGAGUACUCAAGUUUAUACUUAUUCCCAUUUGAAAAAAUCUCAAAAAUCCUCAAAAGUUGUCCAGAAAAUUCGAAUCAAUACGAACAUCUUUUACAAACAAUUGGACAAUCAUUAACAACACAUCACAGAUGGACAAUCAAGCAGCUCAAAGGCAUAACAAUUCCUGAGUUUGUUCCAUCUAAAAUCAACAUCUUACACUUCAAUGAAAUUGCAAAUGCAGCGGAAUAUUUCAUCAAGAGUUUAUCAACAGGAGAAAAGUAUAAUGUUGAUAAAAACUCCGAAUUAGGAAACUGCAUGUCACAAUUAAUUGAUUGUGUUGAUAGGGGAGAAGUCAUUUACAUUAUCUUCUUCUCGGAAAACAAGAAGUUUUAUGAUGAUUUGUUGAAAUUUUUGAAACAAAAUCCUCCUGAAAAUUGGAAAGAUUCAGCAAAGCUUUAUCUCUUAGUGGAAUCAAACCACGACGUUCCAUCAGAGCUCGUUAUGCAUGCGAGCGUCUGUUUUGUCGAGUUUUAA